AAAGACGAAGGCAAGAACCCAACGAUAUCAGAUCUUUUUCCUUAGUCGCCGUCCUAGCACCCACUGGGUACAAGCUGAAAGUCGCUCCUCGUGUCUGCGUGUCCGAUCGCGAUUAACUCGACUUCCAUAUCUCCACUUCCUCCGCUGUCGUCGUCGUCGACCUUCUCUCCAUUCUUCCCCCAUCUCUAUCAUAUGUCUGUAUAGACAUCACAUUCGUUACCUUUCAUCAAGUACACGAAUACCAAGGAGCAAUUAUCUUGCUUACUAGAACAUUAACCUAAAAGCUUCGAUUUUCCCGCUCCACAAACAUACGUCAAUUCAUCCAUUGAAGCUUCAGGAAGCAGACCUUCGUUUCUUUCGUCACCAGUCUGCUGUGCGGCACUUCUUCACUGUCCGCAUUUACCAAGUAGACUUUCAAUCUGUUUCAGUAACUUACUACGAAAUAUUUUCUCAACGAAACGACGAACUUAACAUGUCAACGCCAAUCCAAGAGAAAGAGCAAUUCUCCUUCCCGGCCUUCGCUGCAGACCCUCCUGCGAACCAAAACCACGAGCGAAGAUCAUCAGACGAAGAUGGCACAUUGCAAGGAGAGUUCGCAGAGGAUGGAGUCGACCAUAACCAUCUGCGAGUUACGACUAGCUAUGCGUCAGGACAACAUCAGUUGGAGAAGGAGAGGGAUAGAUCACCAAUGUCUAUCACACAACAAAAAGAGCAGUCUAGACGACUAGACGAUGACCUCGAAAUGCUGCGUGCCGAACGAGUCGUCUCGAACGCCGAGAAGUCGAACGAGGAUAGUAUGGGCAGAUCAAAGUCGAUGAUGGGAAGAUCUCGAUCGAGGAAUCCUGGGGAACCUGUGGAUGAUUUUGAUAUCGAUACGACACCUAUACACGAAAAAACCAAGAUCUAUCAACCUCCAGCGCACCCUACGACAAAAUUGGCAAAGUGGUUUAAGAAAAUUCAUAACUCGAGCUUCUUAGUUCGGUAUUUCUUCUACAUCUCACCACUCACCUUACUACUCCUCAUACCUCUCCUGUUGGGGCUUUUGGUGUUCAAACAGACGACCGUUGGCGGUGUUAGGCUAUUUUGGUUUGGAAUAUGGCUGGAGAUCGUGUGGUUGACAUUAUGGCUUGGAAGAAUUAUUGCCAAGAUGAUCCCAUACCCCAUGGGAUUGGUCUCAAGUCUCUUUACCAACAACAGCAAGAAAUGGAGAGACUUGGGCAAGGCAUUAGAAGUCCCUGCAACGUUGUUCUUCUGGUGGCUUGCGAUCGAGAUCUCGUUCCUUCCAACGAUGAAGAAUCAUCACUUAGAUGGUAGCAAAGCUACGAGACCUUGGGAAGUGAUUACCAACAAGGUCAUUGUGUCCAUCUUCGUGGGAGCUUGUCUGAACUUCUUCGAGAAGAUCAUUAUUCAACUCAUUGCUAUCAGCUUCCAUCUGAGAACCUACGCAGACCGCAUCGAAGUCAACAAAUUCCAGAUCCAGAGUUUGGUCAAGCUGUACGUUUACUCCAAGGAAAAGAUCGCGAUGGAAGACUCGGAAUUUGAGGUCCAUCCCCAGUCAGGUCCAGCAUCUGGAGCAAGGACACCCAUGGCAUAUGUCAACAAAGCCCAGAAGAAUGCUCGUCACGUUUUCAACAAGGUUGGUGACGUUGCAGGGAAGGUUGCAGGGGAUUUUACAGGCCAAGCUGUGAAAAGUAGCAGCCAUCCUCAUCAAGUCAUCCUGCAACUUUUGAACAGCACCAAUGGCUCUCAAGUCUUGGCUCGACGUCUGUAUCGAACUUUUGCGCAACUCGAUUCUGAGACCGUGUUGUCCGAUGAUUUGCGACCAGCCUUCGAUAAUGAUGACGAAGCUACUGCAGCCUUCACCAUGUUCGACAAGGAUCUCAAUGGUGAUAUCUCGAUGGAGGAACUCGAAUCAGUUUGCGUUGAGAUUGGUCGUGAGCGUAAAGCCAUCACUGCUUCUCUCAAGGAUCUCGAUUCCGUGGUUUCAAAGUUAGACGACGUUUUCCUGUUCAUCGUCGUCGUCAUCACUAUCUUGGUUUUGAUUUCCUUGAUCUCAACAUCUGCAUCGGGUGUUCUCACUUCAGCAGGUUCGACAGUUCUCGCACUAUCUUGGCUAUUCUCAGCAACAGCUCAAGAAUUCCUCCAAUCAGUCAUAUUCGUCUUCGUUAAGCAUCCAUUUGACGUUGGUGAUCGCGUUACCAUCUACGGCAAUACUGGAUCUGCACUUAAAGGAGACGACUACUUUGUCAAAGAAAUCUCUCUUCUCUAUACCGAGUUUAAGAAAAUGGAAGGUCAUGUUGUUCAAGCACCAAACAGUUAUCUUAACACGCUCUUCAUUCUUAAUCAACGUCGCUCUGGUGGUCUUGCAGAAGCUGUCCCGGUAACUGUCAAAUUCGGCACAACACUCGACCAGAUCGACACUCUCCGUCAACGCCUCCUCGAAUUUGUUGGUUCCGAAAAUCGCGAAUAUCAAAAGAACAUCUUGACAGAACUUACAACCAUAUAUGAAGCUCAUUCUAUCACCCUGAAUGUCGUAUUCUUCUACAAGUCCAAUUGGCAAAACGAACUGCUACGUCUUCAACGCCGUAACAAGUUCAUCUGCGCAAUGAUGGUCACUAUGGAAGAGACUGGAAUGGAAGGUCCACGUAUGCGUCUUGCUGGAGCCACACAACAAUUCCCUAUGCACCUUCACGAUGCUUAUCCACCUCAAUAUACACCAGCUCCUGCAUCUUCAGAUGAUCAAGGUCCUGGUCCUCGAUCGGGCUCUUUGGCGAGAGAAGCUGCCGGGUAUCCUGCUCCAAUGGACCCUACGGCUCCAAACCCAAUUGUCCCACAACAGAGUCUACGUCAUCAUCCCUCUAUCCUCCGUAGUCGCGGCAGUUCAACCAGUGCCAACCGACAACGAGGCGAAUCUAUCUCAGCCAUGGGCAAACGAGUCGAUUUCUCUCUCGGCAUGUCAGCCAUUUCCUCCGGCGCUGAUUUCGGCGAUGUAUACGAGGACCGCAGACCAAUCCUCCCACCAACCAUCACAACCACCUCCCCAUCCCCCGGCCCAUCCCGCACUCGCGCAAGCGAAGACGACGGCUCCGAAGCAGUUCGCACCGGUUCCAGGGACUCUAACCAACUGAGCAAAGUCCUAAGCGGAAGCAGCAGCAACAAAACGCACCGGAACCGCUUCUUCGGCCGCAGAAACAGGAGUAAACUAGGGAACGCAGACGAGGGCACCGAUCUCGACGACCUUGAAGCUGGAACGAGGGAGUUUACCGUAGAUGAUUUACCGGAUAUUCCAGAGGCGUCGGGAGCUAAUUCUGCGGAGUGGAGCGAGAAGGUUGAGGGUGAACUAGAGAGGAAGAGGAGGGAGACUGUUACUGGUGGUAAUGGUGGUGGGGGACGGAUCGAUCCUAGGACGGGGAUUGUGAGUCCGCAGGCGGUGGCGAGGGAUAGUGCUUUGGAGAGGGGGGAGUUGCCUACUAUGAGUGCUCCGAGGAGGGCGAGGACGGAGGUUGUGGGGAAGGGGAAGAGGUGAUUGUGGGUUUAGCGGGAGUUUUAGACGGGUAUAGAUGAUAGAUGGAUGGUGCAUAGAUGGUGGGAUACCUUAAAUUAGAGCCCGGAUCGGGCAUGGCAUCGCGAAGCAUUUGCUGGGCAUUUCAGCGGGUAAUUGGUAGUUCAAAGAUAAGUUCCAGAAAGGAAGAUCCGCAAUGAUAAGAUGUUCGAAGUUCAUAUGUGAGGAUAGAGAUUUCACGAUCCCUUAAGCUAGGCG